AGUAGGUCCGUACAAUACAUAUACUAGGCUACUAGCUCUCAAAGCCGGCGCCAAUUUCAAUCCAGAUAAGGUUACUUCCGUUUUCUCCUUCGUCGUUUCUGCCUCAGUCGGCUUUCUGAGCAAGUCUCCUAAUUCGUCUCGGAGAAAAAGAGAAGGAACCCAAACCCUAACGGAGAUACAGAGAGAGAGCAUAGGAGGAGCCGAUGACUAGUACUGUACAAGCUUUUCUUCUCUGCAAACCUUCACUCUCUCUCAGUUCUCCUCCUCCAACGAAAUCUCACCGACUGUUCGCUCUCUCCUCUCAUCGGCGGCACCGCCACCGUUCUGCCGCCCCUCGCUCCUUCAACAAGUCGUCUCUGUUUACUCAUCUGAUUUCACGAUUAUGUCCCCACCAUAAGUCGAUCCUUUGCACAUUGCAACCGGAUAACGCAAGUUUGAGUCCGGAAUUGACUGAUUUUUCGGUGGAUAAUUCUAAUUCAGUUCUUUCAGAAUCUAAAUCUGACGGAGUGGAUGUUGACAGUGGUGGCAGUUUGGGCUUCGAGGCGUUGGAGUUGGAAAAAAGUGUGGUUGGUGAAGUUAACAGAGAGAAUGUGGUGGAGGGCGCGGGGAGGGAGAGGAAUUUGGCGGAGAAGGAAGGGAUGAAUGGUAAAUUCCCGGUAGUGGUGUUUCUGAUGGGACUUUGGGCCAUGGUGAAGAGAGGAGUGGAGAAGGCUUUGGCGUGGGAUUGGUUGAGUUGGUUCCCCUUUUGGCGUCAGGAGAAGCGUCUGGAGCGGCUUAUGGAGGAGGCUAAUGCCAAUCCGAAGGAUCCUGCCAAGCAGAGUGCUCUCUUAGCCGAGCUCAACAAACACAGUCCUGAAUCUGUAAUCAAGCGUUUUGAACAAAGGGACCAUGCUGUAGAUAGUAGAGGAGUUGCAGAAUAUCUUCGAGCUCUUGUGAUCACAAAUGCUAUCGCUGACUACCUUCCAGAUGAGCAGUCUGGAAAGCCUUCGAGUCUUCCAGCUUUGUUGCAAGAACUGAAGCAACGUGCAUUAGGGAAUACAGAUGUGCCCUUUACGAACCCUGGCAUAUCAGAAAAGCAGCCACUGCAUGUGGUAAUGGUUGACCCUAAAGUAUCAAACAAAUCAAGAUUCGCGCAGGAGCUUAUCUCAACUAUCUUGUUCACUGUUGCUGUUGGAUUAGUAUGGUUUAUGGGUGCUGCUGCACUACAGAAGUAUAUAGGGAGCUUGGGUGGAAUUGGAACUUCGGGCGUUGGCUCAAGUUCUUCCUAUAAUCCAAAGGAAUUAAAUAAGGAAGUAAUGCCGGAAAAGAAUGUUAAAACAUUCAAGGAUGUAAAAGGUUGUGAUGAUGCUAAACAAGAGCUUGAGGAAGUGGUGGAAUACCUAAAAAAUCCAUCAAAGUUUACUCGACUUGGAGGAAAGUUGCCCAAGGGAAUCCUUUUGACAGGAGCGCCUGGAACAGGAAAAACACUGCUUGCGAAGGCUAUUGCUGGUGAAGCCGGAGUUCCUUUCUUCUAUAGAGCAGGAUCAGAAUUUGAGGAGAUGUUUGUUGGAGUCGGUGCACGGCGUGUAAGAUCCUUAUUUCAAGCUGCCAAAAAGAAGGCUCCUUGCAUCAUUUUCAUUGAUGAAGUAGAUGCUGUUGGAUCGACGCGAAAACAAUGGGAAGGGCAUACGAAGAAAACAUUGCAUCAGCUGCUUGUCGAAAUGGAUGGGUUUGAACAGAAUGAGGGGAUAAUACUGAUGGCUGCUACAAACUUUCCUGAUAUUCUUGAUCCAGCUUUGACAAGGCCCGGUAGAUUUGAUAGACAUAUUGUUGUUCCAAGUCCAGACGUGAAGGGUCGUCAAGAAAUUUUAGAGCUUUAUCUACAAGAUAAACCAUUGGCUGAUGAUAUAGAUGUUAAAGCUAUUGCCCGUGGCACGCCAGGAUUCAACGGAGCAGAUCUAGCAAACUUAGUAAACAUUGCAGCCAUUAAAGCUGCUGUUGAAGGUGCAGAGAAGUUAGCCGCUGAUCAGUUGGAGUUUGCAAAAGACAGGAUUGUCAUGGGCACCGAGCGGAAGACAAUGUUUGUAUCAGAAGAGUCAAAAAAGCUUACCGCAUAUCAUGAGAGUGGCCAUGCAAUUGUUGCUUACAACACUGAGGGUGCACAUCCCAUUCACAAAGCAACAAUAAUGCCUCGUGGAUCUGCUUUAGGAAUGGUGACACAGCUCCCUUCAAGUGAUGAGACAUCUAUCAGCAGAAAACAAUUAUUAGCCCGUCUUGAUGUUUGUAUGGGAGGUAGAGUUGCGGAAGAGAUCAUCUUUGGUCAGGAUCAUAUCACAACAGGAGCGAGUAGUGAUCUUCAAACAGCCACAGAGCUUGCCCAAUAUAUGGUAUCAAGUUGUGGGAUGAGUGAGGCAAUUGGCCCCAUUCAUAUCAAGGAAAGACCGAGUUCAGAAAUGCAAUCGCGCAUUGAUGCUGAAGUGGUGAAACUCUUAAGGGAAGCAUACGAUCGGGUGAAAGCAGUAUUAAAAAAGCAAGAAAAAGCCUUACAUGCACUAGCAAAUGCACUUAUGGAGUACGAGACUCUAAAUGCAGAAGAAAUAAAGCGUAUUCUUUUGCCUUAUCGGGAAGGACGGCUAAUUGAACAACAAGAUGAACAAGAAGAGGAAGGGGAUCUUGUGUUUGCUUAAAAUAUAGUAUUCUUGGCGAGCUCUCUGUACAGCUAUUUAAAGCACUACAGGAACAGGUAAUUAUUUAUAUAGUAGUUUGUUACCAUUCUUUCCCCUUCCGUAAGUUGUCAACUUGUCGUAAGGUGUUAACAAAUGUAAUCCAUACACCUACCCCAAGUUUUGAAGAAAUCACUGUUGUGUAGGAAGGCAAAUCAUAACCAGAAAUCAUGUAUUAUUGUAUAACUGUAUUAUUCUGGACUCUUUUAAGUCUCCCGUGAGCUUCAGAUACCGUGUGGGAUCUACUCGCCUUUCUAGACAAAAUGGCUCAUGGAUGGUUUUCUAGGUGCAAUUUUGGAUGAUAACUUCAAUUUGCUUUGGACAAACUCUUAAUUCUUAAUUUUUGAA